GAGGUGUGUUUCGGGUGGAUAUGGUAGAUAAGUGUCUUGUAUUUAAUUUCUGAGUAGUUAGGUGCUGAAUCUGUCUGCAGAAGCAAGGUUCGAGCUGUCAUGGCCGCGCUGUGGCUGGACGAGUAGCGAGCCGCCGGUGUGUGUGUCGCGUCACAGUGCAGCAGUGGAGUCCGUUGAAUGCAGCGGAGAUGGGUGACCACCUCGGUGAUGGGCCUCCCAGCAAACGGUCCAAGUUUGGAGACGGCUUCGGCUCCUCGGGCCUGGAGCCGAGCGGCAGCAACGACAUGGGCGUGUCGCUGGACUUCUCCUCGCUCGAGUUCUCGCUGCCGGACGAGCUGGAGACGGCCGGCGCCAAGCUGCCGGGCGCGCCGCAGUACGGCGCCGCGCCCACGGCAGUCUCCGUGUCGGCCGGCGGCCCGAUGGUCAACGGUGCGCUCGACUCGGGCCACAUGCAGCACAUGAUGGCCGGCAAGCAGCAGCAGCUGGUCGGCGGCCUGGGCGGGCCCGGGCGGCCGGCCGGCGGCAUGGCCAAGGGUCUGCUGGCGCGGCCCAUGGACGCGCCCGGCAUGCAGCAGCUCAACAGCGUGCACGGCCGCCUGCCGCUGUCGAGCGCGGCCGGCCUGCCGCCGCAGCCGGCCGGCGCCGUCAGCCUGCAGGCCAGCGUGGCCGGCGGCGUGCGCCAGGCCGGCGGCGUGUGGACGGGCCGGCCGGCGGCGCCGCAGCACAUCACCAACGGCCAGCCGGCCGGCGUGACGCCGCAGCUGCAGCACCAGCUGAUGCAGCGACAGAUGGCGCCGCAGACGGGCGCGCUUCCUCAGAUGCAGGGUACUGUGAACCAGAUGGGCGGCCAGCAGCUGCCGCCCCAGCACAGCUUUAAUUUCGCCGGCCAGCAGCAGCAGCAGCGGCUGCUCGGUCCCUCGGUGUCGGUCAGUAACGGCACGGCCGGCGGCGUGUACCCGGGCCCCGGCGGACAGGUGCCGCAGCGCUUCGCCGGCGUGGUGGCCAGCAGCGCCAGUUCGGUACAGCAGCAGCAGCAGCUGUCUGUCCAGCAGCAGCUGCAGCGGCAACAGCAGCUGCCACUGCAGCAGCAGCAGUCCCUCCAGCAGCAACAGCAGCAGCAGCAGCCGCCGAUGCAGCAGUUACAGCUGCAGCAGCAUAGACGGGUGUGCAAGCUGCCCCACUGUCAGACGAUGAAGGACGUGCUCAACCACAUGACCUCGUGCCAGGCCGGCAAGGCGUGUCGCAUGCCGCACUGCGCCUCGUCCCGGCAAAUCAUCACCCACUGGAAGACGUGUCACCGGCCCGACUGUCCCCAGCCGCCGCAGCUGGAGAGGCCGCGCCAGCUGCCCGGCUCGCCGGCGGCGCUGGGGGCCGAGCCGGUGGCCUCGGCGGCCGGCGUGGGGCCGGCGCAGCCGCCGCCGGGCGCCGCCGCACCCACCGGCGGCCUGCAGAUCAACAGGAACGACCUGCCGAGCUGGGCGACCGACCACGGCUCGGACAACGCCACCACCGCGGGUAACGCCGACUUCCGCGCCAUGCUGGACCCGGUGAAGGCGGCGCCCGUCCACAAUACCAAGGAGUGGCACAUGCAAGUGACGCCCGACCUGCGCACCCACCUCGUCAGAAAACUUGUCCAGGCUAUCUUCCCGACGCCGGACCCGAGCGCCAUCCUGGACAAGCGCAUGCACAACCUGGUGGCCUACGCUAAGAAGGUGGAGGGCGACAUGUACGAGAUGGCCAACUCGCGCUCCGAGUACUACCACCUGCUCGCCGAGAAGAUCUACAAGAUCCAGAAGGAGCUGGAGGAGAAGCGCCAGCAGCGCCAGGCGGGCGCCGCCAAGGUGUCUCCGGGCGCGGCCGGCCAGCUGCAGCGGCCCAUGGCGCCGGGCCAGCCGCCGCCGCAGCCGGCCGGGCUGCGCCAGCCGGGCCUGCUGGGCGCGCCGCAGCCCACCACCUCGCUGGCGCAGCUGGCCACCUCGCUGGGCCAGCCGCCGACGUCGCUGGUGCAGCAGCCCGUCACCUCGAUGGCCCAGCUGCCGACCUCCAUGCCACAGACGUCGAUGGCGCAGCUGCCCGGCUACAGCGGCGCCAUGCCGGCGGUAUCGGACCCCUCCCAGCAGCUGCCGCAGCAGACGAUGCCGCCGCCCCAGCAGCAGCAGCAGCAGCAGCAGCCGGCGGCGGCGCAGCAGCAGCAGUUGGCCUCGCCGGCGUACCUGCAGAAGCAGCAGUUCACCAACGGUCUGCCGCCGGCGGUGUCGGCGGCCGGGCCGGGCGGCGAGCUGCGCACCUCCCUGCCGUCCGUCUCGGUGCCGGGCGCCGCGCCGGGCUCCGAGUCGUCCACCGGGCAGAUGGCCGGCCAGCCGCUCUUCACCAGCUCAACCAUCAAACAGGAACAGGAGAACUCGGCGUUCGACAACCUGUUGCGGGACUCGACUCCGGUGCAGUCUCAGCCGCAGCCGCCGCAGCCCACGCCGACCCCGCCGGGCACGGCCGGGCCGCAGGCGCCGCCGCCCGCGCCGCUGCCGGCUGAGGUCAAGAUGGAGACCGACACGGCGGAGAGCGGCGGCGCGGCGCCGCAGGGAACGCCCGGCCCGGCGCCCCCGGCUGGCCCACAGCCCCAUGUCGCCGGAGUCAAGGCGGAGCCGGCGGAGGUCAAAACAGAGCCCAUGGACGAGAGCAGCUGGGACGGCGCCGUCGUCAAAUCCGAGCCUGGCACGGUGAAGGAGGAGCGCUCCAGCCCGCCGGCGGCCGCCACGCCCUCCACGCCUGCCGAGUCGGCGUCGGCCUCCGGCUCGGCGGCCAACACGCCGGCACCCACCCCCGGCGGGUCCACGCCCAAGACCGAGAAGAAGGUGCACAGACAACUGUUCUCUCCGGACGAGUUGCGGCACGCGCUGAUGCCCACUCUGGAGAAGCUGUACCGCCAGGAGCCCGAGUCGAUGCCCUUCCGACAGCCGGUGGAUCCGGGAGCGCUCGGAAUCCCCGACUACUUCGACAUCAUCAGGAAGCCCAUGGACCUGUCCACCAUCAAGAAGAAGCUGGACACAGGCGCCUUCAAGGAUCCGUGGGAGUACGUCGAGGAUGUGUGGCUCAUGUUUGAUAACGCCUGGAUCUACAACAGGAAGACGUCGAAGGUGUACAAGUUCGCCUCCAAGCUCUCGGAGGUGUUUGAGCAAGAGAUGGACCCGGUGAUGCAGCAGCUCGGCUACUGCUGCGGCAGGAAGUACACCUUCCAGCCGCAGACCCUGUGCUGCUUCGGCUCCAACUCGCUCUGCAGCAUCCCCCGCGACGCCAAGUACUUCAGCUACCAGAACCGCAUCACCUACUGCGUCAAGUGCUUCAACGAGAUCGAGGGCGACACGGUCAGCAUCGGCGAGGGCGAGCCGACCCAGCAGAACAUGACCAUCAAGAAGGACGCGUUCGUGGAGCUGAAGAACGACAAGUUUGAGAUGGAGGCUAUGGCCGAGUGUACCGACUGCGGCCGAAAGCUGCACCAGAUCUGCGUGCUCCACAUGGACAGCAUCUGGCCGCAGGGCUUCACCUGUGAUAAUUGCCUUAAAGCGAAGGGAAUGAAGAGGAAGGAGAACCGCUUCAAUGCUAAGCGGCUGCCGGCCACCAAGCUGGGCACCUACAUCGAGAACCGAGUCAACAACUACCUGAAGAAGAAGGAGUCGGGCGCCGGCGAGGUGUUCAUCCGCGUCGUCUCGAGCAGCGACAAAAUCUGCGAGGUCAAGCCGGGCAUGAAGGCUAGGUUCUGUGACGCCGGCGAGAUGCCGGCCAAGUUUCCGUACCGCGCCAAGGCGCUGUUUGCCUUCGAGGAGGUGGAUGGCCACGAGGUGUGCUUCUUCGGCAUGCACGUGCAGGAGUACGGCUCGGACAGCCCGCAGCCGAACCGGCGCCGUGUGUACAUCGCCUACCUGGACUCGGUGCACUUCUUCCGGCCGCGCCAGUUCAGGACGUCGGUGUACCACGAGAUCCUGCUGGCGUAUUUGGAUUACGUCAAACAGCUCGGGUACACGAUGGCGCACAUCUGGGCGUGUCCGCCGUGCGAGGGAGACGACUACAUCUUCCACUGCCACCCGGCCGACCAGAAGAUCCCCAAGCCGAAGCGGUUACAGGAGUGGUACAAGAAAAUGCUGGACAAGGGAAUCAUCGACCGCAUCGUCAUGGACUACAAGGACAUCCUGAAGCAGGCGGCCGAGGACUCGAUCCGCACGCCGGCCGAACUGCCUUACUUCGAGGGCGACUUCUGGCCCGGCAUCCUGGAGGAGAGCAUCCGUGAGCUCGACCAGGAGGAGGAGGAGAAACGAAAACAGCUGGAGGCGGAGGAGGCGCGCGCUGCCGCCGCUGCCGAGACCGAGAUCGAGAGCCCCGCGCCCGACGGCAAGAAAAAGGGAGCCAUCAAGAAGCAGAACAAGAAAAACACCAAGUCGAAGACCUCCAGCAAGAACAAGUCGAAAAAGUCCAAUCAGAGUGGCAACGAUCUCUCGACCAAAGUGUUCGCUCUGAUGGAGAAGCACAAGGAGGUGUUUUUCGUGGUGCGUCUGCACUCUGCGCAGUCGGCGGCCAGCCUGCAGCCGAUCCAGGACCCCGACCCGCACAUCCCCUGUGAGCUGAUGGAUGGUCGCGACAACUUCCUGAGCAUGGCGCGCGAGAAGCACCUCGAGUUCUCCUCGGAGCGGCGCGCGCUGGCCGCCACGCAGCACAUGCUGUAUGAGCUGCACAACCAGAACCAGGAGACGGUCGUCUACACGUGCAAUACCUGCAAGAAUAAUAUCGAUACGCGCUACCACUGCACCGUCUGUGAUGAUUUCGACCUUUGCGCCACAUGUUACGAGAAGGAGCGGCACCCGCACAAGAUGGAGAAGCUCGGCUUCGACCUGGACGGCGAGACGUCGGACCGGGCCGGCCAGACGGCCUCCGACCUGCGCCGCCAGUCGCUCGAGCGCUGCAUCAAGUCGCUGGUGCACUCGUGCCAGUGCCGCGACGCCAACUGUCGCCAGCAGAGCUGUCAGAAGAUGAAGCGCGUCGUCUCGCACACCAAGAGCUGUCGCAAGAAGGUCAACGGCGGGUGCCCCAUCUGCAAACAGCUUGUGGCGGUGUGCUGCUACCACGCCAAGUGCUGCAAAGAGGACAAGUGCAUGGUGCCCUUCUGCGGCAGCAUCAAGUCGCGGCUGGCGCAGCAGCAGAUGCAGGCUCAGCUACAGCAGAAGGCGCUUCUCCACCGGCGUAUGGCCAUGAUGCGAUCGUCGAGCGGCGGGAGCAUGGCUGCCUCCGUGCAGGCGGCUGCGGCCGGCGCCGCCGCCGCCGCUGCCUCCUCGUCCGCCGCGCCGUCGGCCGCCGUGUCGCAGCCGGCGGCGCCGCCGCAGCAGCCGCGGCCGCUGCCUGGCGGGCCGGGCGUGCCGCCGGCGACGGCGGCCGGCCAGCCGGGCGGACAGGGGCCGCCUGCCAACGUGCUCAUGGCCGUCAAACGGGUGCAGGAGGCCGCCGCCCGACAGCACGCCAACCAGCCGGCCGUCGGGUACGGCAAGAACAACCCUCCCGUCGGCGGCAUGACACCGCAGCAGCCGCCGCAGCAGCAGAUGCAGCCGCAGCAGAUGCAGAUGCAACAGCAAAUGCAGCAGCAGCAGCAGCAACAGCAGCGGAUGCCCAUGCAGCAGCCUAUGGCCAGUCAGGCUGCGCGCAUGCAACUGCCGGCAAUGAACGAUUGGGGCAACAGGUUGGCGGGGCCGGGCGCGGCCGGGGCCUCGCCGGGCGUGUCGGUGCCGGGCGCCGGGCCGGCGCUGCAGCAGCCCGCUCCCGUGGCCACGGCCGGCGCGGCGGGUCUGCUGCGCGGCGCCGGCGGCCAGCAGGGCGCGCCGCGAAACAACAUCCCCGGACUGCAGGAGUUGCUGCACAGCCUCAAGAACCCGACCGGGCCGCAGGCGCACCAGAACGUGCUGCAGAUCCUCAAGUCGCACCCGCAGCUGAUGGCCCAGGUGAUCAAGAUGCAGCACCAGAAGCAGCAGAACCAGCAGCAGCGGCAGAUGGCCCAGCAGCAGCAGCAGCAGCAGCAGCAGCAGGUGCCGGACGGCCAGCAGCCGAUGCAGAUGCAGCCGGGAGUGAUGCAGCCGCCGGUCCAGCAGCAGCAACAGCAGCAACAGCAGCUCCAGCAGCAGCGGAUGCCGACCGGCGGCAUGGUGGUGCAGAACCAGAUGCAGCCGGGCCAGAUGACCCAGCAGCAGGCUUGGGCCAAGCAGCAGCAGCUGAUUGCCAUGCACCGCCAGCAACAGCAACAGCAGGCGCAGCAGCAACAGCAACAGCAGCAGCACGGCUUCCAGCAGCCGCAGGCGAUGCAGUACGGACAGCGACCGCGCAUGGGCAUGGGAAUGCAGCCGCAGCAGCACUUCCAGCAGGACGGCAGCCAGUUCGGCGGCCAGUUCACGCAGCAGCAGCAGCAGCAGAUGCUGAUGCAGCGGCAGCAGCAGUCGGCCUCGCCGCACCAGUCGCUGAUGGGUCCCCCUGGCGGCAUGGCGCCGUCGCCGCAGCAGAUGCUGCAGCAGGUGGUGUCGCCGCCGCCCGGCUCAGCCGGCCUGCCGGUACGCUCGCCGCAGCCGCUCAGCUCUCCGCGUCAAACGCUGGGCGGCUACCACGCGCCGUCACCGCACCGGCCCGCCUCGCACUCACCGCACCCGGCCGCCGCCGGACACGGCAUGGCCGGCGCGCCCGAGCUCGGCACCAACGAAAUGCUGCUCUCGCAGCUGACGGGCGUGUCGGCGGCGGGCCACGGCGGACUCCAGCUGCCCGGCCACCCGGGACAGCACCCGGCCGGCGCCGGCGCCGACAACGCCGACAAGCUCUCAAAGUUCGCCGACACGUUGUAGCGCCGGCCGGCCCGCCGCCCACCCUAGCCGGUGUCCGUGAGUGUGCGUGUGAUAUUUGUAUUGUGGGGCGGCCGGCCUGCAUGUGGUGGCCGUGGCCGCUCGAGCGCCCCGGCGGACGGCCCGCCGGCGAGGGCGGGCCCGUGGACCAGGGGGCCUCGGAGGGACACGGGCCGCGGCGCCCGCUUGCCAAUGUUGCGCCCGCUGUGCCGCGCAUCGCAUUGAACUGUACAUAGCGCAUUGUCCAGAUUUUAUUUCACAUGUGCAUCACGUUUGUGUUGAUUUGUGUACAGAUGGUACAGUCUCUUCUCUUUUUUACUAUUUAUCAUAGCUGCUGGUGUAGACAGUGUUGCAGAUAGACUGGCCCGGUGGAAACCGAAUACUGAACUGCUGCAGCGCCCGGGCGUCUUAGAAUGUGACAUUCCACCGAACUUUCUCCUAUCUUAGAGGGGCAGUGAAGGGAGGGAGAGCGACGCGCGUCGGCUGCUGUUGCGUCGCCGCGGUUGUUAUGUUGUGCUGAGGCAACCCGACUUGAACCUGUACAGUACGUGCUGCUUGUAAAGAAAACGAGAAAACCAUUUUCGCGUCCUUUUUUACCGGGGGUAAUCAGUACAAAAAUGGUCAUUGCCCUAGUUGUUAGCACAUUGUAAGAUGAUCAUUGUAAUAAAAUCUCAACAAUUA